AUGGCACUGACGAAUUUAACCGAAGAUGAAAAAUAUCAAAAAACAAUUGUUGAAAUGUUCUACUCGCCUGAAUUAAUCAGCGGUGUAGAUGGCGAACUUAUCUUCCUUUCAGCUCUAAACAUUUUCCUGGCCAUUACUGCAUUUCUGGGGAACACUCUGAUCCUAGUUGCUCUACACAAGGAAACUGUACUUCAUCCGCCGUCCAAACUCCUGUAUCGUAACCUAGCGAUAACUGAUCUCUGUGUUGGUAUAAUUGCACAACCUUUGGUUGUAACUUACUUGACUUCUGUUGUGAACCGAAGAUGGGAUAGUUGCUAUUACACGGUUCUGGCAAUAUAUUUCUCAGGUCAUACUUUGUGUGAUGUGUCUUUAUUGACACUGACUGCAAUAAGCGUGGACAGACUUCUCGCCUUGUUGCUGGGAUUCAGAUACAGACAGGUUGUAACUUUGAAACGAACACGUAUAGCGGUAAUUGGUCUUUGGAUUAUGUGCAUUGUCGGAGCUUCUACAACCUUUUGGAAUACUCUUAUAAUUUCAUGGUAUCAACACAUCGUUACAGCUCUGUGUCUAGUCAUCACAAUCUCCGCUUACACAAAAAUUUUUCUCUCUCUGCGUCAUAACCAAAUUCAUGUUCAGAACCAUGUUGCUCAAGGACAACCGAGCCAAGUCAUUCCACUGAACAUAGCUCGAUACAGAAAAGCGGUGAACAGUGCACUGUGGGUGCAGUUAAUAUUGGUUAUUUGUUAUCUCCCAUAUAAUAUAGCGAUAGCGUUAUCACCUCGAGGAGAGAUGUUCUCUACUUAUUACCUUGCUACGAUUUUUACUGCGACCGCGAUUUACUUAAACUCGUCAUUAAACCCAUUGCUGUACUGCUGGAAGAUCAGAGAAGUAAGGCAAGCUGUAAAAGAAACAUUAAGGCAACUCCGCUGUUGAUCGAGUUAGUUUUCUGGGCUUUCCAGCUCUCUCUUGCCAGCUCUUAAUUCCUACUUGAAUCCUGGUUGAUAUUAACUGUAAAUAUAUUGUACUGCAAGCAUAUUUUAUGAAGGCAUGUCACCUGUUUUUUAGGGGCGAGUAUAUUAUAAAUACUCCUGUUCUAGAAAUCCAAAGAUCAUGUUAUCUUUAUUAUUUAGUGGCAUGAAGUUGUUUCCGUCAAGAAUAAAGAGCUAACAAAGAAAUAGAGUUUAAGGGCUCCAUUCUUCUUCUUCUUAUCUUCUUCUUCUUCUUCUUCUUCUUCUUCUUCUUCUUCUUCUUCUUCUUCUUCUUAUCUUCUUCUUCUUCUUCUUAUCUUCUUCUUCUUCUUCUUCUUCUUCUUAUCUUCUUCUUCUUCUUCUUCUUCUUCUUCUUCUUCUUCUUCUUCUUCUCUUCUUCUUCUUCUUCUUCUUCUUCUUCUUCUUCUUCUUCUUCUUCUUCUUAUCUUCUUCUUCUUCUUCUUCUUCUUCUUCUUCUUCUUCUUCUUCUUCUUCUUAUCUUCUUCUUCUUCUUCUUCUUCUUCUUCUCCUCCUCCUCCUCCUCCUCCUCCUCCUUCUUGAACUUGAAUAACUUGUUACUCGAUACAAAGCCUGUCAAACCAGUUAAACCACUUAAAAGUAGUACAUGUCCUUAUGUUAAUGAGAUUCCCCCGCAUUUUGUUCAUGAGAAAGGCCAUAUUUGACGCCAUCAGCAUUAAUGAUUCCAAUAAUAAGAUUUCAUUUCCAAAAAACUGAAUCUCUUAAUUUCAUCCCUACUAAAUUUUUAUCACUUCUUUCUUGGUGUAAACUCAGAAUAAGUAACAUUAGCAUGCAAAUGAAAGAUAUUAAAAGCGCAUCGACGUUUAAAGCCAGCACUUUCUGAGCAUUCAACAUAUUAAAAUAAUAAAAUUGCCUCUCUGAUACUGGUAAAAGCAUCUCUUUAAUGGUUAACACAUCCUACAGGUUGCCUUCCCCAGAGCCCCGCGAGGUUAUGCGAUUGCCUAGUCCCCAGGCUCAUUAGUCCGCGGGGCUAACAUAAACGAAUCGCAUAGCAAGAAGGCCUGGGACGUAAGCAAUUCAAGUUCUGCUAUACACGUAUUUGUUGUGUAUAAGAUGUGGCAAGAUAUUUGUUUUAGUAAACUUCUGUGGGUAUGACUACACAAUAACAUUUUGCAUUUUGCCAAACGGGUCACAAAAGAAAAUUUGAAGCAUGUGUCACACAUUCGUUUUUGUUUACGAAAAAAUGUUUCCUUUUGGCCUGAAAGCAAAUCCACACGACCGCAUUUAAAUGUUUUGCAAAAAAGUUCUACCAUCGUACUAAGUAAUAUACCCGAAAAACCUAGCUUUAUUAUGAUAGGGGUAUAAGAACUUCAUCGGUAAGUACUAACUGUGAAUGCUUAACCACUUGGACAAACGACCGCGAAGUAAAGCCGGAUCUUGGUAUUGAUCAGGAUCAGUAAUGAGAAUAAAACGUAAAAGCAAAUGCAAGCUAGCAGCCAAAAGAUAGAGUAUUGCUUAAUUGCCCGAUAGUUUGGUUUGACAACACUAUCGUU